AACAGAGCCAUGGCAAUAAUAAAUAACAUUCACAUAAGAUCGGGCUUCUAAAAUUUUUGUUUGCAAGUAAAGCGUAAAAUCGGUUAAUUUAACUAUUGUUUUAAGGUACUUUAAUUAACAAUAUUAUUAAUAUAUGCAUGCGUAGCUGGAUGCUAGAAUUACUAGUUAACAGCUCGUACUUCUCAGCCAGCUGGUUUGACAAAACACGGCUAACGUUAGCUUGCUAGCGAGUUAAUAUGCUAACUUGCUGCUAUCGGUGCAAUUAGGAUGCCAGCAGAAGAAUUAAUGGAACCACAACAAAACAAUGGUAGAGCGUUUCUGUGAUGCCCCAGGGCGGGCUGAGCUGCUCGGGGUUGUGAUGCCUUACGUGGACCGACAGAAUCGCAUCUGCGGCUUCCUGGAUAUCGAGGAGAAUGAGAACAGUGGCAGGUUCCUGCGCCGAUACUUCAUCCUGGACACUCAGCAGGGCGGCCUGCUGUGGUACAUGGACAACCCACAGAAUCUGCCUAAAGGUGCGGAGAAGGUGGGCUCUCUCAAACUCACCUACAUCUCCAAGGUCAGUGAUGCUACCAAACUCAGACCAAAGGCGGAGUUCUGUUUUGUUAUAAAUGCAGGAAUGAGAAAGUUUUAUCUGCAAGCCAAUGACCAGCAGGAUUUGGUGGAAUGGAUCAGUGUCCUCAACAACGCCACCAAGAUUACGGUGCCAAAGCCAGGCGAGGGCCACACAGAGACUCCCCAGGAAGUACAUGGAGCCAUGAAACAGAUCUCCUACAAGACCGAGAUCAUAGGAGGAGUCCCUAUCAUCACCGCUACACAGGAGCAGGGGGAGGGGCAGAACGGGGCCGAGCGUGGAGGCUUGAAGCAGCCUCAGAAUCAGCUGCCCUACUUCCUGUCCAGAGAAGUGCAGGACCAGUCUGUCAUCAAGGCUGGAUACUGUGUCAAACAGGGAGCUGUGAUGAAGAACUGGAAGAGGAGGUACUUCAUGCUGGAUGAAAAUGCCCUCAGCUACUACAAAUCUGCACUGGAGAGAGAGGCACUGAAAGUCAUACCGCUGAAGGAGAUUCACAAAGUUCAGGAGUGCAAGUACAGUGAGCUGAUGAUGAGGGACAACCUGUUCGAGGUGGUCACGAGCUCCAGAACCUUCUUUGUACAGGCUGACAGUCCACAGGACAUGCACAGCUGGAUUAAGGCCAUCUCAGGGGCAAUUGUGGCUCAGCGCGGCCCUGGACGCUCAGCUAACACUGAGCACAGUGACCACUCCCUUCCCUCCCCAGUGUCCUCCUCCAUCUUCUACUACUCCCUUGACCAGGAACUACACCACCCACAACCCUCCAUCAGCUCUCCCUCAGCGGGCGCUCAGCCUCACACUGGACUCGCACCAGGACAACUUCCUGGGCCUGCUGCCGUGGAGGUUGAGCGGCGUCCAGUCUGUGAUGAUGCCCCUCCCUUCGGCGCGUUCCCGUCUGUCGCUGCAGGAGACGGUGCAGUCCUCAAAGUAACAAAGAAGGACGAGUCGCUGUGGAAACGCCGCAGCAAAACUGGCAAACUGGGGUUUGUUGGCAGAGAUGGUGGGGAGGGGCACAGUUGUUGCCCCACUGAGAAUUCUGACCAGCAGAUUACCCUAGUUUGAUGAGGAUGAUGUCUGACAAUCUCUAAAGGACACACAAACAUAUACACAAGCUCCAUGUGCUGAGACUGCUCUGUGUGCCGAUUGGCCACAUGAUCCUCCUGCAAAGUGUCCUAGGACCAGCUUUUUGUAUGUGCACACGUGGGAUAGGACUUUCUUCCUCUGCUGUUUGUUUUCUCUUCACUUUUGUCUUCCUAUGUAUUAUUACUACUAUUAUUAUUAUUUACAAGAUAUUGCUGCAAUGCAAAACCUUCAGCACUGUACAGUGACGUUUUGACACGUUUCAGCAGAACAAGAGCUACGAAGCCCACUCACCUCAGAGUGAUGAGCAGGUUUCGUGAUUCAUGUCAGAACAGACUAACCAAAGUUUGCAGUCACAUGGUUUUUGUGCAGCAGCAGCAGCAGCUCAGACGUUAGAGGCCGUCAGAUGCUGCUAACAGAGUGACUAAUCCAGCUACUCGGUUUGUCUGUCAAGACUUGACUGUCUUAUCCUGGAUUUCCACCAGAGAACCUGGCCUUGAGUAGAGAAUGGUCCUCCUGUCAGUCAGAUGUUGUUUUAUUGCUUUAGAACUCUAAAGUCCAGAUUCAGUGAAGCUGCAUUUCAACAGAGGUCCGCACAGUGUCUGGUUUUUAACUUAAUGACUAAGAAAUAUUGUAUUUGCCAACUACUGUUACAAAAUAAGAGGGAAACAACUUGUUCCCAAUGUCAUUGUCUUUUUGAGGUUGAUUAAUGGAUUUUAAAACUAACUCGUAAGCCAUUACCUUAUAGGAUUUUAUCAUUAUUAGGGCUACAAAUUAGAUUUGUUUUUAGGGAGAAACAUUUUUUUUAAAAAAAGCAAAAACAUGAUAUUUUACAAAGGCAAAAUCAGCAGCAUGACUUUGAGAAGGGACAUGACACUGUGUGCUCUCCAAACCUGCAGAGAAUCUGGGCUUAAGUAAGCAUUUAAAGGCUUUAGGUGUUUAAGACAACUUAUAUGGUAUAAAUACAAAGCAUUCACUGUUGUGGACUGAUGUGUAGAAGAGAUGAUUUUCAUUGUGCUCACCAGCGUUGCUCACCUCCUGCACGACACACUCCUGUUACCGCUCCUUGUUAAACUCAGUCAGAUGGCAAUGUGUUUGUUUUUAGUGGUAGGGAGGCACCAAAUCUAACCAUUGUUGUUGUUUUUAGAUCUGUAAAUGUUGGACCUCAGUGCUCAAGCUGGAAUGGAGAUUAAAAAAAAAUCCAUGUUCCUGUUUGUUUCCAGCUGCGAGUGCUGCUCGCUCUGUGUUGAGACUGGUUGUGGGUAGUUUUUGUUUGUUUUGUUCUAAUGUGCUUUUAGUUUUGAUGAUUUUAUUUUUGACAGCAACAAGAUGCUUUUGAGGGAAAAGAAAAUCUACAUACAUGUGUUGUUUACUGACUUUUCUAAACACGUGUGCAUGACUGCAUGCACACACACACACACACACACACACACACACACACCCUCACCCCACCCCCAACCCUUUUCCCUGUUCAACAUAAGCUGGGUAAAGUGCCUGCAUUGUUCUUUCUGAACAGAUGAUAAGAAAAACAUGACAACCUGUUUUGACCCUUUUAGUGUGAACUUGAUUCUAAGGCCAUGUGCUCUAUUUAUUAAAAGAAAUUUGAAAGUCAUUUUAA